CUUUUAGCCCUGUGACACGAUGGGUAUCUCACGCGACCACUGGCAUAAGAGACGUGCCACCGGAGGCAAAAGGAAGCCUCUUCGUAAGAAGAGGAAGUUCGAAUUGGGACGUCCUGCUGCCAACACUAAGCUUGGACCCCAACGUAUCCACACUGUUCGUACACGUGGAGGAAACAAGAAGUACAGAGCUUUACGUCUUGACACUGGCAAUUUCUCGUGGGGUUCGGAAUGUUCGACCCGCAAAACUCGUAUAAUCGAUGUUGUUUACAACGCUUCGAACAAUGAGUUGGUCAGAACCAAGACCCUUGUCAAGAACGCCAUUGUGACGAUCGAUGCUACACCAUUUAGACAGUGGUAUGAGAGUCAUUACGUUCUUCCUUUGGGACGCAAGAGGGGAGCGAAAUUGACAGAGGCUGAGGAGGAAAUCUUGAAUAAGAAACGAUCCAAGAAAACCGAAGCCAAAUACAAGGCGAGACAACGAUUUGCCAAAGUUGAACAAGCUCUGGAAGAACAGUUCGCAACCGGUCGCGUUUUAGCCUGCGUUGCCAGUCGUCCCGGACAAUGUGGCAGAGCUGACGGAUACAUCCUUGAGGGUAAAGAACUCGAGUUCUACAUGAGAAAGAUCAAGAGCAAAAAGGCUAAAUAAAACUUGUAAUUGUACGAGUGGAUAAAAUAAAAAAAUAAAAAACAGUA